AAUUCAUACAACAUUUUAUCUCUAAUAAAACAAAAUUUUCCAUAAGCACUCUAUCUAAUUUUGUAAACAACUCCUAAAAUGCUAAAAUUAUCAAAACAACCCUAGAAUCCCAAAAUUUUUUUAAAAACCCUAAAAAAAAACCCUAAAGUUUAAAAUAUACAUCCUUAUGAAUUAAACAAGAAUUCAAAAUAAGAGUAAUUUCGUCUUGCAUCAUGCGGUUAUCAGAAUUAACGGGUCUCUAUAAUGGUCGCUGAUUGGCAAAAGAAGCAUAGAAAAGACAUGAGCACACUUCUACUUACUCCCUUUUUCUUCAUAUUACUCUCUCUUUUCUUUCAUUUAUUAAAGUUUCCCUUUCUCUGUCUUUCUAUCUCUUCCCUGUCGCUAAUAAAAGUUCCCUUUGCCUUCUCAAAACCCCUCUCUAACCAAACUGUCUUUAAUCAGCGAAGAUGAGAAGCUAGUUAUUGGGUUAUGACCAGAUUUUCUGUCAGGUUCAUUGAGCAUGGUAUCACCUCUCUUCUUCUCCAAUGUUAUGGCUGCGUCAAUAGGAGUCCCCAUAAAAUCUUGAGCUCAUCAUAAGCGUUCCAAUCAUUUUCUUGCCACUUGUUUUUCUCCUCUGGUUGAUCACCACCAUUUUGUUAAUCUAAAAGACUAGAGGAUUAAAACCCAUCUUCUCAGUAUUAAUCUUCGUUGCAACAACUGCCGUAAAGGAUGAGGGAGAAGGUGGAGGAGAAGAUGGUUCCUCAUUGAUAGAACUCUAUUAGAUAUUCUAGAGAGAGAAAAAGAGAUAUUGUUCGUUCUCUUCGAAUUUUUUUCGGAAGACUUGGCCAUUUGAGUUUGUGAUGAACCAUGACGAAGAGAAAAAUUGGUUCAAUUUCAGCAAUUCAGAAUGCUAGUUCGAAGGUGUGAGAAAUAUAAGGCAUGAAAGAAGAGUGAGAAAGUGGAGCGAGGAAAUUAUGAGUGGAUCCAUGGAGUUGAGUAAGGGCAUGGACUUGGAGAGAGAAGACAUGGAAACUCUAGCAAUUCUGAAAGAGAGUAACAGCUGGAUGAGAGAGAAUGGGGAUAAUAGAUUGAGAGUGGGGCCCUUUUGCCAUGCAUUUUGCAUAGAUAUACUUUUCUGUAAUAUGUCUACAUGAGUUCAUGUUUAUGUAGAAUGUUAAAGUUCAAUUCUGAUGACAAAAAAAAAAAAGGGUGGGGGGGGCAAAAAACUCUCGACCUUUCCUUUUGUUUUCGAAAGCAGUUUUUCUAUGAAAGGAAGUAAGAAGAGGGUGUUUGUGUGUUUAUUUUUGUUUAUAGUUUGUAUCGGAGUCCCUCGGAAAGUAUGAACAAAAGAGAGCAAUAGAGGGAAAGGACUUCAUUAGCAAGAUUAGAAAUAAUUUUGCUAAAUGCAAAGAGCCUCAAUGGCCUCUGUUCAAAUUAUUUAUUAUUCUCUUAGUGGAUUUUUACCAUUUUUGACCACAUGUUUCUUAAACUGUUAGUUCCCGUAUCGAAAGAAAAGAUUGUUCCUUAUUCUUUUGCAAUUGGUUAUGCUUUAUUUGAUGUUAUUUUCUUGAUCCUUCUAUCCUAAUAUUGAUGUGAUCUGGGAAUUGCUUUGGUGUUUGAGUAACCGAUGUAGUUGGAUCAAGUAAGGCAUGCUUAGGAGAGUGAUCAACAAUCUGGAAUAAUGCAGAUGAUGUGUAAGCAUUGUCUCUAGACGUGUGCAGGCAAUAUGGUGAUUAUUGUAUGCUCAAAGUGUAAGGGGUGAUUCACAUUAUACGGAGCGGUAACUGUAGUCUCCCUACCCACCACCCCCCCAACCCCUCCCUCUCCCCCCCCGCUCUCUCUCUCUUUCUCUCUCUCUCACAAAACAUGCAUACCCUUUGGGAGAGGCAUAAGAAAAUGCCCUCUCUCUCUUUCUCUCCCUCUCCUCUCUCUCCAUCUCUCAGAUUCCGUUAAUGGUUUGGUCUAGAGACAUGGGUAUGUUUUGGACCAUUUCUAGGCCGAGAACACUCUGUCUCAUUUUGCAGGCCACUACCAGGGCCCCAUUUUGGAAACAUAGGGUUUGUCCUCUCUCUACUGAGGUACUAGCGACUCCCAAUUUCAUAGAAUGUACUGAUUCUGAGAAUUCAUUUGAUUUCAAGAGUUUGACUUCAAGAGUUGAGAAGCUUGAAAGGAGAGAAUCUAUAGUCUAUGCAUUUCAAAGUUACAUGAGUGAGGGUUUUCCAGUUCAAAGGGGAGAUGUUUUUCACACCAUUAACAGGUUGAGAAAGCUCAGGAAGUACAAACGUGCACUUGAGGUUAUGGAAUGGGUGAUUAGAGAGAGGCCUUACAAGCUGAAAGAACUGGAUUAUUCGUGUCUACUCGAAUUCACUGUUAAAAUCCACGGGAUUUCACGAGGUGAAACCCUCUUUAGCAGAAUCCCUGUAGAAUUCCACAAUGAACUACUUUACAACAAUCUCACUCUUUCUUGCUUGGACAAGGGUGCAAUCACAUUAGCACUGGCUUACAUGAAAAAGAUGAGAGAGUUAGGGUUUCCUCUUUCUCCUCUAAUUUUCAACCGUUUGAUUCUCCUUCACUCUUCUCGUACACAAAAGAAAAAAAUUCCAAAAAUCCUAACCCAAAUGAAGGCAGAUGGGGUGACUCCAACUACAUGUACAUAUAAUAUACUCGUGAAUAUAGAAGCCCAAGGGCAUGAUAUGGAAGGACUGGUAAAGGUUUUUGAUGAAAUGAGGCUUUUACAAAUUGAGCCAAAUGAGAUAACUUACUGUAUUUUAGCCUUGGCACAUGCAGUAGCAAGACUACAUACCGUUGCUGAGUCUUAUGUAGAAGCCAUUGAAAGGGCUCAAACCGGUAGAAACUGGUCUACUUUAGAUGUUUUACUUACACUCUAUGGGUACUUAGGCAAAGAGAAGGAACUAGAGGCCACAUGGGAACUUGUGCUUAAGCUUCCUCACAUAAGGCGGAGAAGCUUUUUGGUGGUGAUUGAAGCUUUUGGAAGAUUUGGCCAUGUGAAGAGAGCGGAAGAAAUAUGGUCAGAAAUGAAGCGAGAGAAAGAGUUGGGGUUUACAGAGCAGUUUAAUUCUCUUAUAUCUGUGUAUGGUAGGCAUGGCCUUGUUUCCAAGGCUUCUGAGAUGUUUAGAGCGAUGAGAGAUGUAGGUUGUGAGCCUAAUGCUAUAACGUAUCGGCAUCUAGCCAUCGGUUGUUUAAAGGCAGGUCUUGUGAAAGAAGCAAUGAAGACUUUGGGUUUAGAGAGAGAAUGCAGUGUGAGUUGUAGGGUAAGGAGGUCAGCACCUUGGUUGGAGUCUACGCUUUCGAUAGUUGAGAUGUUUAGUGAGAUGGGUGAUGUGGAAAAUGCAAAGAAAUUCUUCGAGGAGCUCAAGGAGUCAGGGUAUAGCAGGUAUACAUUUGCAUAUAAUACGAUGUUGAGGGCUUAUGUGAAGGCUAAGGUCUAUUAUCCAGACUUUCUAAAGGAGAUGAUUGUUGGUGGGGGGAGGCCUGAUGCUGAGACAUACAGUCUUGUAAGAUUGUUAGAGGAAUUUAAGACAUGAUGAGUUCUGAGUGAUAUUUAAGCAAUAGAUAUUUACCCCAGUUCAAUUCUGUUUCUGCCAAAGAGCAGUAAAUAUGAUGUCCUUGUUAUUAGCAGGUCGAGGUCCAUCGGUUAAGCACACACACAGAGAUUGUGACAGAAGGUCAUGGUUGAGGAAGAACAGAUAUCUGGGUGAUGACGACAAUUUAUGAAUGUGGGAAACCAAGUGAAUUGUCACAGAAUUUUAUCCAGAGCUUUCCUCUUGAUGUUUUUCUCUGUGAAUUUGUAAAUCAUUCUUUAUAAUCUUAUGUUGAACGUUUAUUAACAAGAACGACCUGAAGAUUCUUGCAAGAUACAUGUUUUUGCAG